AUCCCACAAAUAAUACCAAUUAAUUGAUUAAUUUCAUUUAUUUUUUUUAUUAUAAUUUAUUUAAUUUUUAAUAUUAUAAAUUACUAUAUUUUUAAUAAUAAAAAUAUUAAUAAAAAUAAUAAUUUUAAAAAUAAAAUCAAAAAUUUCAAUUGAAAAUGAUAA